AUGGGAGAGUGGGUUAUUGGAGCCUUCAUCAAUCUUUUUGGCAGCAUUGCUAUCAAUUUCGGCACCAACCUUCUUAAAUUGGGCCAUGACGAGAGGGGAAGGCAAUCGGUGCAAGGUAUUGGUGGAACAAAUGGGAAGCCAUUAAUCAAACCUAUAAUAUCUUUCCACAGUUGGAGAGUUGGUAUUCUAUUUUUUGCGCUUGGAAAUUGCCUCAAUUUCAUUUCUUUUGGCUAUGCUGCCCAGUAUUACAUUUUGGCAUGCUUUCUGCACUGUAGCCGUCAGAGUACUAAUUGCCACGGCUUUUAUUGUACUUGGGAAUAUCUUUUAGUAGCUUUUGGCAACCACCAGUCGCCAGUUUACACGCCAGAGGAGUUGGUGGAGAAGUACAGCAACAUCCCUUUUCUUCUGUACUGUUUGAUUCUGAUUAUCAUUGUUGUUGUGCAUCACUCACUAUACCGAAGGGGAGAGUUUCUCCUUGCUGUACCCAGCCAAGACCUUAAACAGUAUUGGCAAAUGUUGCUCCCUUUUUCUUAUGCUGUUGUCUCUGGUGCUGUAGGAUCAUGUUCAGUUUUGUUUGCUAAAUCCCUAUCAAACCUCUUAAGAUUGUCAUUUUCAAGUGGCUAUCAAUUGCAUAGCUGGUUCAUGUACUCCUUGGUUUUGUUGUUUCUUAGUACAGCUGGAUUUUGGAUGGCCAGAUUAAAUGAGGGACUGUCUUUGUUCGAUGCAAUACUCAUUGUCCCAAUGUUUCAGAUAGUUUGGACCUUUUUCUCCAUUUGUACAGGUUUCGUGUAUUUUCAAGAGUAUCAGGUGUUUGAUAUUUUAAGGACGACAAUGUUUGUCCUCGGGGUCUUCUCCGUAUUCAUUGGCAUUUCGUUGCUUGCACCUGAUGAUUCAAAAGGAGGGGAAACCAAGGAUGCUACUUUAUUGGUUUCUGCUACUUCUAGUCUCUCGACUGAUGCAGAAAGGCUGGCCACACCACCUGAAGAUUCUCAAAUCAAAGAUGCGAGUCCUUUUGCUCGAACAGUGAAGUUGAAGGCUGCUAAUUUGAUUGUGAAGGCCAAGGCUGCUUGUUCAAUAACACUGGGAUUAGGAGAAAACUCGCUUCAUGCAUCUUCUGUGCUUGUAAUGCCAAUGGUUUCAUCCAAAAUAACUGGGUUUAGAGGCAGCGGUUUUGGUCGGGCCAAAUUGUUCUCCCCACGAGGCGCUGGUUGGAGUAGACUCUCGGUGGAUGAGGAGGAAGGAGGAAAUUUGUUGGAGCUAGAAACAACUUCAAUGCUUCCUCAGAGCAUCACCGCCAAAUGA